GAGAAAAUGGCUUCUCGCAACUCAAAGACUGGCACUAAGAUAAAUGUUACAAAGGCAGCAGAGGAAUCCAGUCCAGUGGAUGAAUAUGUCACACCUGGGGGCUAUGAGCUGGAGAAAAUCCUAAACCGUGGGAGUGUGGCUUACACUCAUGUCAACGAGGUCUGGCCUAAUGUCUACAUCGGGGACGAGGAGACUGCAAAGAACAAGUAUAAUCUGAAGAGGUUGGGGAUUACGCACAUUUUGAAUGCAGCAGAGGGGACAUGGAACAACGUGGACACCGGAUCGGGUUACUACAGUGACAUGGACAUUGUCUACUAUGGCGUCGCAGCAGAAGACGUCACAGCCUUUGACCUCAGCCAGUAUUUCUUCUCUGCUGCCCGAUUUAUAGAAGAAACACUGAGCAAUCCCCAGAAUAAACUGCUGGUGCACUGUGUAAUGGGAAGGAGUCGGUCCGCCACACUUUUCCUCGCCUACCUCAUGAUCUGUGAGAAGAUGACGGUGGUUGACGCCAUCGAACAUGUGAAAAAACGAAGGCGCAUCAUCCCCAACUGGGGCUUCCUGAAACAGCUGCAAGAGCUGGACAUGCACCUCCUGGAGAAAAGGAAAGACUCUACAGAGCAAGUACAAAGGCUACAAAAGAGCAAUAUAAACAAAAACACAAGUACAAGUUGCGUUUUACAUGCAAUCCAUUAG